ACAUUCAUAAUCUAACCAUCACCGCAAACGGAGUUUCUAUCUAUUCUUUAUUCUUUACUAUUUAUAAAAAUGAAGUGGUUAAUAUUAUUAAUAUUUAUAUUAUCUUUAUUCGACGGGGACUCUUGUUUUGAUCUGCCUAAUCAAUCCUGUGGGUCUGAUUUAACUAUAGACAAGGAUCAUUACAAUAUAUCAGAUGUCUACAAUAUAGGUGAUGCAUAUCCAACAGAGACACAAUUUGAUAAGUAUGGCAACUUGUUUUUCAUCGAAUCCGGUCAAGACAUUAGAGGUUACUAUUUUGAUGCGAAGGUGAUUAAAACAAAUUCAACUGUUCCUGAAAAGAUUGCGGGUCUCCCCGAGGGACUCAGCUAUUCUAUCGCCGUUGAUAAAAGAAGUACAAAAGUUUAUAUUGGAACAGGGAAGGGAAUCUAUGCAUAUAAUUACGAUUCAGAAGAUACGAGUUUAGUUUCGUCGCCAAAAAUUAAAUCAAAUAUGCUAUUUUUAGACAAAGAUGGUAACAAGUAUAUAACGGAUAGCCCCGAUGGAGUUGAACAAUUGUAUUUACUAGCAGGUGAAAGAAAAAUUCCAUUCAAAUCUCUUGAAGCUCUGAAUGAAGUGGCAGUAGAUGACAACAAUAACUUUUACUUCAUAAGGGAAGAAAAGCUAUUCGUCCUUAAAUCUAAUCUGUCUCAUCCUGUUUUCAUAGGCAAUGUCACUUAUGAUGGCUUUGCCCAAAUAUCAUUCCAUAAACAUAUUGUUUAUGUUGCCAGUGAAACAUUAACAUAUCUCCACGAAAAUGAUACAGGUUCAUUAAAAAAGGUUAAAAAUUUACCGGGAAACAUAACGGCUAUAGCUUUUGAUUAUUCAAAUAAUUUCGUACUAGGUACUCGCGGCAAGAUUUUGAAAUAUGAAAACAAAAAUAAUGAAUGUUAUCAUAGAAAAAUGUAAAAAUCAAAAUAAAAAAUAUUAUUCUAA